AUGGCGACUCCUGUGACUCCUGAUGCUCCUAGCCCUGCCAGUGCCAGUGCCAGGUUGGCGGUUUUGCCAGCUGGGCAGGCGCAGUGGUGUUUUCAGCCUACGAAGCAAAGCGUCAUCUUGGAAGCCGUUGCUGAUUUGGAAGGCACGUUCAUGUCCUUUGCGUCUGGAGAGGCCAUGGAGGCUGAAGUGCAAAGUGCGAGGCGGUAUCUGGGCCGUUCUUUCUGGAUGGUUCGCUUGCCACCAGAAGUCAUGAAGCAAAUGCUUGAAACUGAAGGCAGAGAGGUUGUGUUUCCUGCUUGGCUUCUGGCAACUCUUGGGCAGGAAUUGCCCAAGGAUGGUGCAGCCGGUGCAGCAGAUGCGGAUCAUGGCGCUGAGCAGGCUGAGAGUAGUUCCUCCUCAGAAUCGAAGCCGGUGCGCAAGGCGGCGAUGCAAGAAAUCAUGUUGGGGAAACUCGCAUACAGGCUCAGCUCGACGGUGGGCAUCCAAGAUGUCAUUCGCACUGUCUUGCGAAUGCUUGUGCCAGAUAGUUUAGACCUGGCAGAUGGCAUGAACGUGUCGCACAAACAUGUGCGUGUCAUCUUGCUAAAGCUUGAUGCCUUGCAUAGCUUGUCUCGCCGGUUUGUUGCCCCGCCAGGUGGUAGGACAAACGGUUUGCUGCGAAUAGCCCGAUACAUCUCUCCCGAUAGUUCCCCGCAAGCGAACUAUGACUACUUCUGUGCGACAGAAGAAGUCCUGCUGUAUCGUUCGGAUGAGCUGCCAAGGGACGAUCAUGGAAAUGUUGCUCCUUUCAAAGGGUUUGAACACCAGAGGCGUUCCAUGCUGUGUACCACGAUUGCACGAGGAGAAGGAAACACGGCCGCCAAAGCAAGCAAGAUGGUGCAUAUGAUUGCUGUUGAGAGUGGUCAGGCGCUCUUUGAGGAGUAUCGUUCUGAAGUUCGGGGAUUCUUGAGCGAUCAAGGCACGGAGCGAGGCAUAGCAUCUUUUCCGGUCCGCAGUUGCUCCGAUGUCCGGAGUAUUGUGGGCGCCCAAGCUUUGCAGAGUGAGGCUGUGCAAGAAGAGUUUCGAGGGUUGCCACUCUUGCACUCCGCUCUACAAAUCCCGGGAACAUUACACAUUGUGUUUAACGCACUGGAACACAGCUUGAAACAGCUUGACGGUUGGGCUAGGUUCGAGAAACAGUUGAGUGCCAUCAGCCGCGUGUGCAAGGACAAGAGUUACUCUGAAGUGAUUCUUGUGAAAAUGAUGAAAAGUGCGAGUCCCGAAGAGAGAGGGUUGUUGCGUCGGAUGGACGACCUCCUGGACUGGAGGUGGGAUUCGCUUGCCAGAGUGCUUCGUGUUUGGGUCCCUUUAUAUCCAACCUUCAAGAAAUAUUGGAACCCAGCUGUUUUUGGCGGGGAGAGCUCGUCAGUCACAAUUCGAGCUGUCACGGAGACAUUGGCAGAUGAGCACCACUUCGACAUGGCGGUGUGGACACACCAGUUCUCUUAUGAGGCAACAAAGCUUGCCCACUUUUUUGAAGGCUGUCAUUGCCAUGAGGAGCAGCUGACAGACUCGGAGAACCGGGAGAAGAUAGAAUGCUGUUGGAAAGGCAGGCGUUUGCCCUGGCUUGCUGUUGGCAACCUCGACAGAGCAUUGACAGAGGCCAUGACGAACAACGAGAUUGGCGUGCUUGGCCAUCUUUUGUCCCGCUCGAGUGAGACUGCAAGUAACAUUGCGCAGAUGUCGGACCAGUGCAACAAAGUUUUUGUUGCACAGGCUGUUCUUCGGCCACAUCUUGAGAUCAUCGAGAACAUGAUCUCCAAUGGCCAAGCCAGUGUCCUGGAUUCUGUUACGCACACUUUGUUUGGGCCAACCGAGACAGGCCGCAUGCUUCGAGAGUUUGUGGACUCACCAGAUCACGUGCCCCUUGAUCGAUGGCCAGCGUUGUUUUGGAAAGCGCAGGAAUACUCAUUUGUGUCCCUGUCGGAGAGAAGCACGGAAAAGGAGCAUGUUGGCGUCAAACUGGCCGCAAAUCGGGGUCUCACAAAGGCAGGGAUUUGGAGUAGCCUGCUCGAGCAUGUGCUGAGUCACCAGGAGGUUCGGCGCUUGGAUCCAGCACAGAAGCUUUCGCGCUUGUACGGGUACAGCGAAGAAGACCAUUUCAAGGACUGCGAAGACUCGGCUCGUGCCGAAGCGGUCUAUAGGCAAGCUUUGCGAGAUCAGACCUCAGCUGUGGCCGGUCAACGCAGGCUUCCAAGUGCUUCGUAUCAGGUGGUGCAUUGGCUGAAAGGCCAUUUGGCAACAGGAGUGUUUUUCAGCAUAUCCACAGCUGUCUUCGAACAAAUUGUGGACGGCCGUGAGAGAAUUGACGUGGAGCCAGCUGCAUCCUUCAGCACAGACGUGCUGUUGUCUGCUAUGCACGCAGACUAUCACCCUGUGGUACGCAAUCCAGGUUCUGUUUUCUGCUCGGUUCUGGAUUCCAGGCCAGAAGCAAGAACGGAUAUUCGAAUUUCUCACCCUGCUGCACACAUCAAGGACCCGAGGCUAGGCCGCCGGAGCUGUGUAGUUGUGCAGCGUUUCCACGAUGUGGAUGUUUCUGAGGGAGGUCACGAUGUCCGUGUGGCCUGCACGAAUGUCCGGGUCGAGGUUCUUGACUUGGCACGUCUUUGCAGUGCGGAGCACUUGAAAGCUUUCUGUGCGAACUGUUUGCUCUGGCGUGCCAUGCCAGUGGCACUCGCUUUGACUGUGGGAGACGAUUCCACGGUGCGUGGUUUGCUGGAGGAGCCUGAAAUGUUAAAACUUCCAAACUUCGUCUUCGACAGCGAUCCUUUGGAGAUAUUGAAGGACCCGGCGCAAGAAGCUGUUCAAGUCCUGCACCCCCCUGCCACACAGAAGGCUGAAGAAUCUCUUGUGCUGCAGGUGCAUGGGGCUCCUUGUAGCAAGCAAGAAAUGCAAGCUAUGAGCCAGUUGCUGCGAGCAAGGGCAAUCGGCAUAGAAGCUGCUGUGUAUGCCACAGACCUCGAGCACUAUGAUGCUGCUGCUUUAGAGAUGUUGCGAGAGAGAGGUCUUGUCAUCUGCCAGACGGAUAUGUUUUCAGAUGUCUUGGUUGCCCUGACUGGAAAGUUAACGUACAGUUCCACUUUGGCCCUAGGACAGCCCAAGUUGCUUUGGGAGCUUGACCAGACAACUUUGACUCGAGGCCAGAUGCCAGGCCGAUCAAAGCUGGAACUCGUUCGUCUCUUGUUUGUCUUGGGCUGGGAGCCAGGGCUAGGCAAACAAGAGUGGCAUGUCAAGGAGGGAGAGAAGCAUCUUCCGGAUGACAUUCUAACUUGCACUAUCCCCUUCCUGAGAGCCUUGCUUCUGAGCAGACUCAUCUGGGAAAAGCCUGGGCACCUGGAGGGCAUUUACCUCAAAGGUCCACAGCUGUACUAUGAGUUUUUGGUAGACGAAGAUGACCUCAGCAGCUUGCAGGAUGCAUCUGCCCAAGACAUCCUCAGUCGCUUUGCGCCAACUCGAAAACGACCUGCUAGCCGACCCCAGCCAAGGGAUCCGGGUGCAGGCGUAGAGGUUGACCCAGAAGCUGAGGAUGAGGAGCAAGAGGAGCUGCUGCAACAGCUGCCUGAAAAGGUCAUGCAAUCGGAAGAGCCACAGCCAAGCAUGGCCAGUCAUGAGAGACGUGUCCCACCGCUAGAAAUUGAUCUUGGAGGGGGUAGGACACAAGUGGUGCAUUUUGAUAACUUUACACACGCCAGCGGUCAACUCCGAGGGUUUGUCGCUUGCGAGAAGCAUAACAGCUGUCGCUUGUACAGCUUCGUAAAGAAUCAUGGUAGCCGCCGGCGGACUGCCGCCUAUUUGAUUGCUUGGCAAAUGAGAGCAGCUCAUCACCGGACUGCUCAGUCUCACAUUUCAGAUAAACCAAGCACAGAGCAGGUGGAUGCUGUCAUGCUCCGGAUUGCUGUUUGA